CAGUUGGCGAGUGGGCAGCACGUCAGCAGUUUCGACAUCCUGCAAGAUGAGCACGCCACUGCGGAAAGUGGCAGGAAUUGGCCACCCUUGCCGAAAUUGGUCAUAUUUUCUGGAAAGCUUGUGGUGAAUUUAAAUGAGUAUAUCUUAGUGCCAUAGUUUGUAUAAUGUAUAGUGUUGUAUGGAUCAGACCAUGGGUGUUGUUAGGUCCGAUCACCCGGGGCUACAGCCCCGAGUAUUUUAGCUCUAAUGCCAAUCGUCCUUCAAAAACACAUGUCCCAGGUAAACUCCCUUGGAUCAGGCAUUGUAGUUUUAGUUAUAGCUGUCAUGUGACUGUCAUGUGACCUAUGCUUGGGAUCAGUCAAACCUUCACCCUCAGCAGACCCUACUGUGGUUGGGAUGCCUCUCUCAUCGAGUUUCCAAAGCACAUCACAGAGCGGCAAUGCAUCCGUGUCGUGUCCUUUCCUCUGAUCCGUGAUGAAAAGAAAGUCACACGGUGUUCGACCCCUGCAUUCAGCCAGGAAACACCUGUUGGAGAACCGAGAGUCAUGGGAAAAACAGCCUUCGGCCUUAUGAGACCCAAUUAGGUUUUGUGACUCAAUAAAAACACACUAACCAUAAACUAUAUGACAUCUAGCACUGGUGGUAGAGGAGUAGGGUGAGUGCUGGACAGGAAGAGAAUAUGAUUGCAGGUCCAGGCAUUGCAGAGGAGCAGAGCUCCAAUGGGCGUCUUAUAGAAACAGGUUCUUGUGUUUGUCUUUUGUGCACGGAUGGCCAGCAUGGUGUCUGGGAAGAAGGUGAAGUUGGUGCUGUUGGAGGUCCUGCAACUGGCUGGACUGAGCGUACCCGUACUGGUGGUGAUGGAGCGCUUUGCCUCCCUCAUUUCCCAGCUGAAGAGUGACGAGCAGCCACCCGGAGACCAGAGCACCGCGUACUGGCUGAUCGUCGCCGCCUCCAUCGCCUACGUCGCCACGGUGACCCUGCUGGUCUGGCUUCCCGCAAAGUGCCUACUGUACCGCCGUUCAGGACCGUUCUGUGAGAGGACCACCUGGAGACCGGUGACCCUGGCAUAUGUCAUCCUGUCUACCUUGCCAUGCUUCGCCUUUCUCAUCGCCAGCUCCCAGGUACAGGUUCAUUUUAACAAACUGUAUGACACCUUCUGUGAGCUCCCCGCGUCCCUGAUUCUGCUGUCCCUGAUUGCGGUUGAUAUCGUGGAGAGGAUUCGGCCAUGCCGGCUCACGGGGUCAGAUGAUUUGCUGAUGGACGCUUGUUUCCUCUGCCCCAUGGUAACGCCCCUGGAGCAAGUUUCCACUGUGACGGGCCAGCUCGACGCCCCUGGAGACCGGAGCUGGGCUGGAGAUGGACCUGGAGCCAAUGGAUGGGCGGCUGCCCACAGUCUGGCCACCGGGCGGCAGAGCUCCGCGGCUGCCAGCGAGGCCUGCUGGGAGGGACCUCUGGGCCGGCUCUGCGCGGCAGACCUGCGUGCUGAGCUCGUCGUCCAAGCCUUUCUGUUUUGGCUCGAUUCUGCCGAGAUGCUGAGGGUGGUGGCCUUGCCCCCCGUCUACCUGUCCGGCUGGGUCUUCCCUAUCUACAUCGUCAGCUACCUGUCGUCCUUACGUGUCGUGGCUGCACCGCACAGCCCCUGCCUGUCAGCUAUGGGUGUCUGGCUGCAGGACCUGCCCUACCUCAUCCUGCGGGUCAGCCUGACCGGCACCUUCGGCCUGAUCACCCCCGUGCUCUACCUGGUGAAGAACCUUCUGGUGACCUUGGCCUUCAUAUACUUCAAUUAUAUCACCAAGCUAAAAAUCUUCAACACGGGACAUAUGUUCUGAUCCCCCCCGUGGUGGGGGGGGGAGGGGCGUAUUUUGAGUGCAAAGCAAACUUGCGGUUGGCUGUCUGGGUGAUGAUUCCUCUUUUUGUAUUUGUUUAUUUUGUUUUGUUCAGGAUAUGCUGUAUACUCAGGGAGAGUAUACUCAGAGAGUUUGAAAUUGGGGGGAGGGGGGGCACAGCUUAAUAAUGUAAAUGCAAAGGUCUAUUUAUUAGGGGUGGUGAUUGAAGCCAAAAUAAAUACCGGGGGUAUACACGUCCCCCUGGCUGCUCUGCCCCUGUGUGCUGUAUUGCUUGAAACCUGCAUGUUAUACACGUCCCCCUGGCUGCUCUGCCCCUGUGUGCUGUAUUGCUUGAAACCUGCAU